CGCUCGCCCGCAACUGCUCCCAAGGCCUGUGUAUCCCUCUCUCUCUUCCCCUUCUCCUCCCGAUGGAAGACAAUGAGGGGAAAAGUGGUGGUGGGGAGACAUACUUCACACCUCCAAUUGAUCUACGGCCACUUCAAUCUGAGCAGUGCAGCUGAAGGAUCAGCAGCAGCACCAGCAUCAGAAGCUGGUCCUGCGGAAUGGAGAAAUGGUUACAACUCUCUUGUGGAUAAGGUCAGUGGCACAAGCUGCAGUAAUUAUGGUAUAUGUCACGACUUUCAGGCUCGUUAUCCUUGGCGGAGCUUGGUGGAUCAACAGAAAAUAGCGGGAAAAGAUUUCUGCACGUGUACUGUUCACCACAUAAGCUACCGCGGGGAUCCCCACCCAGCGCCGCCUUCUUCCUCCCGGUGGAUGUGGAGGAACAGACUUCAGGAAGAGGACCGAUGCAGCCAUCAUGGCAAUGUCAAGCUGAUCCCGGGUUGUAAUCCUGGUCCUGAUGCCAUGCACCUGGUCCAGAAACGCUGUCCGCUGCCUCUAGUCUUGUUCCCUGCAGCCGAUGCUAAUCGCAGUCCUGGCCCUGGUGUGGUGGAGCUGGUCCAGAGAAGGUGUCCGGCGCCUCUACUGCUGUUCCCGACAGCCAGUGCUAAUCGCAAUCCUGGUUCUCGUGUGGUGGACCUGGUCAAGAAGAGCUGUCCGCCGGAGUCUAAUCACUUUCCCGUUCUCCCCUCGCCAUUGACGUCAACCACCCCAACACUCAGCUCCUUUGCUGCUCCUGAGCCUGCUGCUCGGCUAUGGCUGCAUCGCCUGCUGCGCUUCUAUAGCAACUCUUCACCUGUUGCUUUUGACGUCAAACACCGCGACCGCAAUUGCACUUGUGCCGCCAGGCCCAGGAGCCUCGGAGACGCCAGGAGGAAAAUCCUACGCAAAGAAGGGUUCAUUAUCGACAUGGACGGGGUUGUGUACCACGGGAACAAACUUCUUCGUGGGGUUGCUGAGUUCGUGUCAUGGAUGCAAGAAAAUGGGAAGAAAUUCUUGUUCCUUACCAACAGCAGCGAGCGGACACCGCAGGAGCUGCAGCAGAAGCUCGCCCGUCUGGGCAUUGAAGUCGAAUCCCAUCACUUCUACACUGCGGGACAGGCCACAGGAGCCUUCUUGAGCAGCCAAAAGCCCCAAGGCACAGCCUUUGUCAUUGGGGAACCUGGUCUGUUGAACGCCCUUUACAAUGCUGGUUAUUCUGUGAACGAUGUAAGCCCUGAUUACGUGGUGGUGGGCGAGACCCGCAGCUACAACUAUGAAAAGAUCGAGCAUGCAGUUCAUCUCGUACUGAAUGGGGCCAAGCUCGUAGGGACCAACUGCGACAAGACGGAUCCCAGCCCCACUUAUCCUGGUGAGGUUAUUCCUGCUGCAGGGUCGUUGAUUACCCCCAUCGAGAGAGCUUGUGGUGUGAGCCCAUAUUUUGUUGGAAAGCCCAAUCCGUUGAUGAUGAGAAGCGCGCUCGCUGUGCUCGGCUGCAGAAGGCGGCAGACGAUCAUCAUUGGCGACAGGAUGGACACUGACAUAUUGGGAGACGUCGAGGCGGCAAUGCUUGUGGACGGCGUGCAGGAGGCAUUGGAUCAGGAGGGGGAGGAGGAGCAGUACAUGAAAGGCGAUAACGAUGGAUGUCCUCACAACAAGGCCGCCUCUGUGCUUUUGGACGACAAGGAUGAGGAGGAGUUGGGAGGAGGGUUGGGGGCGUCUUUGGAGGGGGGACUGAUCAGAGACGGUUGUGCUGGUCGAGAGGCUGGGGCCUGUGCCAUGAUGGCUGCCGUGAAGAGGAAGGGGGGCGAUGGGAUUGGCGCAGCGACGGCGACUGCGAAAAGGAUGAGGCAGAUUAGGAUGGAUGAGACAUAAAAACCUUGGGUUGCCCAAUCAUGAGAUUCUGCUAUCCUUUCUAAGAACCAAGUUGUUCAUCCCAGCCUAGCAGGUGCCAUAUCCAACUACUGCUUGCAUCACGUUAGUAACCGAGCG